AUGUCUAGUCCACCUUCACCUAGAACAAUAGCUUUAACUGUUCAGAUCGCAGCCAUGCGUGACAAUUUUGAAAGAUUGUUAAGAGAACAAGGUGAACAACUUCAACAAAGAAUUGAUGAGUUGGAAAGGAGGCCCCAAAAUUCUAAUGAUGGUAGUGGUGAUGAGGAGGAAAGAAGACGUAGAAGGAGACAAGGGGGAGAUAAUUUGAGGGGCAGAAAAAUUAAAGUUCCAACUUUUGUUGGGAAGAGUGACCCGGGGGCAUAUCUAGAAUGGGAGACUAAACUUGAACAAAUUUUUAAUUGUCACAAUUAUUCUAAUCUUGAAAAAGUGCAGGUUGCUUCUAUUGAGUUCAAGGAGUAUGCCUUAGUUUGGUGGGAUCAAUUGACCAAAGAUAGAAGGAGGUAUGCAGAACGACCAAUUGAUACUUGGGAAGAGAUGAAAAGAAUCAUGAGGAGAAGGUUUGUCCCUUCCUAUUAUCAUAGGGAAUUGCACAACAAAUUGCAAAGACUCACUCAAGGUUCUAAAAGUGUUGAAGAAUAUUUCAAGGAGAUGGAAGUUCUCAAAAUUAGAGCUAAUGUAGAGGAGGACGAUGAAGAAACUAUGGCUAGAUUUCUCCAUGGUCUAAAUCAUGACAUUAGUGACAUAGUGGAACUUCAUCACUAUGUUGAAAUGGAUGAAUUGAUACACCAAGCUAUCAAAGUAGAACAACAACUCAAAAGAAAGAGCCAAGCAAGGAGAAAUUCCACCACUUUCAAUUCUCAAAGUUGGAAGGACAAAACAAAGAAGGAGGGUGCUUCAUCAUCUAAGGAAGCCACGGUUGAAAACAAAGGUAAAACUAUUACAUCUUCUUCUUCAAGUGUUUCAACUAACAAAAGUGUUAAGUGUUUCAAGUGUCAAGUCCAAGGACAUAUUGCAUCUCAAUGUCCAACAAAGAGAACUAUGCUUAUGGAAGAAAAUGAAGAAAUUGUUGAAGAGGAGGAUGGUGAUUAUGAUGAGGAGUUUGAAGAAGAAAUACCUAGUGGAGAUUUACUCAUGGUGAGAAGAAUGUUUGGAAGCCAAAUAAAGGAGGAGGAUACAGGUCAAAGAGAAAACCUUUUUCAUACAAGAUGCUUUGUGCAAGGAAAGGUUUGUUCUUUAAUAAUUGAUGGAGGAAGUUGUACAAAUGUUGCAAGCACGCGUCUGGUUUCUAAAUUAAAAUUGGAAACAAAACCUCACCCUAAGCCUUACAAACUCCAAUGGCUUAAUGAAAGUGUAGAAAUGCUUGUUAAUAAAAAAGUUGAGAUUUAUUUUAAAAUUGGAAAAUAUGAGGAUGUAGUGUUGUGUGAUGUAGUACCAAUGGAAGCUAGUCAUUUGUUAUUAGGUAGGCCUUGGCAAUUUGAUAGAAAAACCAAUCAUGAUGGGUACUCCAAUAAGUACUCUUUUAUGUAUCAUGAUCAAAAGAUCAAUCUUGUACCGUUAAAUCCUAGUGAGGAAUUUAAAGAAUUGUUUCCGGAAGAGGUGCCAAGUGGUUUACCACCUAUAAGAGGAAUUGAACAUCAUAUUGAUCUCAAUCCAGGAGCAUCUUUGCCUAAUAGGCCAGCAUAUAGAAGCAAUCCACAACAAACUAAAGAGAUAUAA